AAAAAAAAUAAAAAAAAAUCAUAGGAGAGAUAGAGGAAAAAUAGAAGGUUGACUCCUUCCCCCCUCUUGCCCCUUCCUGGAAAAACCCUAAUCCGCAAGAAACCAUCGUGUCAUUAUUCUAACAUUCAAUUGAUCUGAUUGUAAUUCAUAUCGACAACCUGUAAGUGUAAACAUCAACGAUGUCAUCGGAGAUCGAGGUUGUUGACGAAGUCCAAGAAUCUAGAGAUCGUGAUGCUACCACCGGGAACGGGAAUGGAACGACAGAGGGCGGAGUAGAUGAAGACAGUUUGAGGGACGAUGUUUAUACUGCAGCUGCGUACGGUGAUUUGGAGAAGCUUCAGAGAUUGGUGGAGUCGGAAGGUUGCUCCGUUUCACAGCCGGAUAACCACGGGUAUUACGCUUUGCAAUGGGCGGCCCUCAAUAAUCGUGCUGCUGCUGCCCAAUACAUCAUUCAGCAUGGUGGAGAUAUAAAUGCUACAGAUCUUACUGGACAAACAGCAUUACACUGGAGUGCUGUUCGAGGAGCUAUUCAAGUUGCAGAGCUUUUGCUCCAUGAAGGUGCUCAGAUUAAUGCUGCUGAUAUGUAUGGAUAUCAGACAACUCAUGUUGCUGCUCAAUAUGGUCAAACAGCCUUGCUUUAUCACAUUGUCACAAAGUGGAAUGCAGACCCUGAUCUUCCUGAUAAUGACGGAAGAAGCCCCUUGCAUUGGGCUGCAUAUAAAGGUUUUGCAGACUGUAUUCGGCUUCUUCUAUUUCUCGAUGCAUACAGAGGUCGCCAAGACAAAGAAGGUUGUACACCUCUUCAUUGGGCCGCUAUAAGGGGAAACUUAGAGGCAUGUACAGUGCUUGUGCAAGCAGGAAAGAAAGAGGAUUUAAUGGUGACUGAUAACACUGGUCUCACACCAGCACAGCUCGCGUCUGAUAAAAACCAUCGACAAGUUGCUUUUUUCCUUGGUAAUGCUAGGAGGAUGUUGGAUAAACGUUGGGAUGGAAACAGUACCAUAGGGAAACUUUCAAAACUAGGAUUAGCACCAGCACUUUUAUGUGUAAUAUUUGUGCUACUUUUGACCUUUAUUAAUUCUGUCAUUAUGGCUCCAAAUUUGCCUAAAAUGGCAGCUGGUUCUGCAUUUAUUGCAUGGAUUGCUGUACUAUUGGCAAGUGCAGGAUUGGUAUUGUUUUAUCGGUGUAGUUGCAAAGAUCCAGGUUAUGUUAAAACAAACAGACAUGAUUCACAAAAUAUGAAAGAUGAUGAGCCUUUACUGAAGAUUGAGCUUGGUGAUCCUGCUUUGCUAGCUGGUAACUGGUCUCAACUUUGUGCAACUUGUAAGAUUGUACGACCUGUUCGUUCGAAGCAUUGUUCAACAUGUGAUCGAUGUGUUGAGCAAUUUGACCAUCAUUGCCCCUGGGUGUCUAAUUGCAUUGGCAAGAAGAAUAAAAGGGAUUUCUUGGGCUUCCUAGUUCUUGAAGUUUUUGCCAUGCUGAUAACUGGCACAGUUGCUCUUACAAGAGUUUUAACCGACCCAAUGGCUCCAUCUACUUUUGGAGCAUGGCUAAACCAUGCUGGCAACUAUCACAUGGGUGCUUUAAUAUUCAUAAUUUCAGAUGGUUUUCUCUUCAUGGGUGUUGCAGCCUUAACAUCUAUGCAAAUCUCUCAGGUUGGGAGAAAUAUAACUACAAAUGAAAUGGCAAACAUGAUGCGAUAUAGCUACUUAAGAGGACCCGGGGGUCGAUUUAGAAACCCGUAUGACCACGGGUGCAAGAAAAACUGUUGGGAUUUAUUUGUGAAUGGUUACAAUGAAGACAUAGAGUUGAUUGAAGAAGUAGCUCGAUCGCAUGAGAUUAAUAUGAUGCCUAUGACUAGAAAUUUGGACCAACAAAACGGGAAUGGAAAUGAGCAUUCCAUUGAUGUGAAUAACAACUUGAAUUCACAUGUUCAUUCUUCUAAUUGUUCACAUGGGAAUCAAGGGAAAACUAAAACCGAUUCUGGCCCGUUGGGGUUGGGGUUGGGGUUAGGGUGGAAUUCGCGGGCAUGAUUUUUAUAUUUGGUUUGGAGACAUAUGGAUA